GGGGAGUGACAGGCUGCGGCUGGAAAUCGGAAGGAGGAUGGGAAAAAAGCCAAAAUGCUUUAUCAAUAGUUAGCUCGUUCUGGUUUCCUAAACUUCAUCGAGAGUUUUGGAGCCUAGCUGGGAGCUUCAUGGAGACCGCUAAAGUUAAUGUUAGCUGCCCUACAGCUGUCAGUUAGCUUCGACUUCAUAUUACAUUUUAACAGCUAAAUUCUCAGUAACGUGACAAUCUGCAAGAAACGGGUUGCUUAUAAAUAACUAAAGUCACUAAUAGUAGUGGCAGCACCAUUUGGCUUGGAUAUCAAAGCCGUUAGCAUCGUGGCUUUCCCACAUAACAAUUUUUGGUUCUCUAAAGGUUCCGGGAAGGUUCGCUGAAGGCUGCCUGCCUGCCUGCCCGCCCGCCCUUAUUGUUUACGGAGAGGCUUUGCCGUCUUGUGAAAGAGGAGUCCACGUUGGCUUUUGAUGAUUUUAAAGGGAAAAUUCUAGUUUCAAUAAGAUAAUUGGGUCACAACAACACAAGACGGCAAACAUGCUUCAAGAGAUUCAGGCGAUGGGCUCUCAUGCCUUGGAUAUCUACGACUACCUCUUAGCGGGAAUUGAUCCACGGCUGAAGGAAUAUCCACUGAUGCAGAAUCCUAUUCCCAUGUCCUCAAUAUUGCUGUGUUACCUAUUCUUUGUAAUGUACCUUGGACCUCGUAUAAUGGCCAAUCGAAAGCCCUUCCAGCUAAAGGAAGCCAUGAUAGUCUACAACUUCACGCUAGUGGCACUGUCAGUAUUCAUUGUCUACGAAUUCCUGAUGUCUGGUUGGGCCACAACAUAUACCUGGCGAUGUGACGCAGUUGAUACGUCUGACAGUCCUCAAGCACUUCGAAUGGUCCGAGUGGCCUGGCUGUUCUGGUUCUCCAAGAUUAUUGAGCUCAUCGACACAAUGUUCUUCGUUUUGAGGAAAAAGCAUGGCCAGGUCACCUUCCUGCACAUCUUUCACCACUCCUUUAUGCCCUGGACCUGGUGGUGGGGAGUUGCCUAUGCUCCUGGUGGAAUGGGAUCUUUUCAUGCCAUGGUGAAUUCCUCCGUCCACGUCAUCAUGUAUUUCUACUAUGGCCUUGCUGCUGCUGGACCACGCUUCCAGAAGUUUUUGUGGUGGAAGAAAUACAUGACUGCCAUUCAGCUGACCCAGUUUGUCCUGGUAUCUCUCCACGCUACCCAGUAUUACUUCAUGGACAGUUGUGACUAUCAGUUCCCAAUGGUGCUCCACCUCAUCUGGAUGUACGGAACCUUCUUCUUUGUGCUCUUCUCCAACUUCUGGAUUCAAGCUUACGUGAAGGGUAAGCGGUUGCCAAAACAAGACGUAAAGCCGUGUAAGAACGGCACAGCUGUCCACACCAAUGGCAAACGCCACGAGAACGGCAUUAGCCACGGAACCAGCAACGGAGCCAGCAACAGCUCUGCUCCCCACGAGAAUGGCAGCACUCACGUGAGCAAGAUGAAGAAGGCCUAGGAGCCCUGGAAGGAAACACCCAAGAAGUAUGACCCAGUGAAGCUGUUAAAACUACGGAUUCCAAAGAUAAUUUUUGGCUGUUUCUUUUCCUGUUUUUGGGUUCAUGUGCAACACAUGGGGAGAUGACGUGGUCAAUGAUUUCCACAGUUGGGGUCCCCCAUUUGUUUUUUUUUGUUUUUUUUUUUUUGAGUUGGUAAACCAUUUCUGGAACAAAAUGUAUGAAGAGAAGAUGUUUUCACUUAAACGUCAUCUUCACUGAUUUUGCAACAACCUCUAGUUCAGUAUCACACUGGUGGCCUUUUCACCCCACUUGCCUUCACUACUUAUCCGACCCCCACAUCAUCCUGAGCCCCCUGUGGACAGAUGACUGUACAGUUUUAUCAAACUUGAAAAUACUUUUUGUAAAUAGUUUUACAGCAACAAAACGACAACUAACUGUAUUAGUGUGCUUUAGACUUUCUAAAUGUUAUAUUGUGUAUUUAAAAUUAAAUGCCAAUAAAUUCAAUUUAAAAUUCUCUAAUACAUAUUGUGUGUCAGUAUUUCCACUUGCAGAGUAGGCGCUUAAUUUACGUGUAACUAGCUGAAAAGGUUUUCAGUUACAGUUGUCGGGGCUUUGGGGGAAAACUCGGACAUUGUGCUGUGUUGCAACAAAGAAGAAAAGCAUUUUGCGUUGCUGGCUUGGGCCUCUUGUCUUGGCCAUCCCAAGUAUGUGGAGCAAGUAGGAGGUAAACAAGAGCCCCAUUCUGCUUUGUUUAAAUUCAUCAUUCAUCGUAAGAGGCAGAGAGAAAGCAUCCUGCAGACCGGAUCUACACCCGCCCAACUCAACCAUCAGCUGGUUCAUCACGGUCAGAAAUGCGGUCAUAUUAGCACUCAGAGAAAAUGUAUAUUUUACAUCCAUUCAGCCUGCAAAUGGAUGCAAUCAAUAAACCACUGAUCCAGUACAUACAA